CUCCGACCACUGCAACCCUCGCACGCUCCCGCCGUCUAUGUAUAUGCACCCUUUACUAGUGCACAGACUGGCGUGGGCCAGGUGUAGGUGGCACUAUCGUCCUGCCUACUGACCAUUUUAAGAUCUGCAGAUGCCAUGUUGCAAUCAUGCAUUCCGUCAUUUAGAACGAGACUAUCAAUACCUUGUGUCCAUAAUCCUGCUGUUAUUCCUUUCUUGCAAGUCCUUCAUUAUCAGGAUUCAAUAUGAGCGAUCGUCUAAAAGCUUCGCACAAGGCACAGAAUCUUGCUCGAAUACGAGACAAUCAACGACGCUCUCGCGCUCGCCGCAAAGAGUACCUUCAGGAGCUGGAGGCCAAAUUGCGGAGUUGCGACCAGGUCGGCAUCGAAGCAUCGGCGGAGAUUCAGAGCGCAGCGAGGAAAGUGCUUGACGAGAAUAAAAAGCUGCGUGCACUGCUUCUCGGACGUGGUGUGUCUGAUGCAGAUAUCGUGACAGCACUUGGUGGUCCAGCCGACAGGUCGUUCGAACAGGUCUCGUCAGCACCGGCCCUCAACAACGUGCUUGAAAGACGCAUCACCAGUAGCAUGGUAUCGUCUACAAGGUCACUACUACCCCAACAACCUAGAGCUGCUUCGGUACCUCGACACUUACCUUCUGUACCGUCACUCCGCAUUCCUUCGUCACGACCUGCCCCUUUGAGCAGCUGCGAGUCUUUGAGUCCCACGUCGAUAGUUUCAAGCAUGGGAACACCACCCCCAGCCACAUAUCACACACCACUCUAUACCGCGCCGAUAAUACCUCAAGCUCCUGAGAUCAAAGCAGAGGACGUUCAGUACGACAACUCAUACGACCCAUCCCAGAAUCAGCCAUGGUCGUAUCCUCAAGCCUACACUUACACCUCGGAUCCUGUCGCUUACUACAGCACUUCAUCUUGUGUCGAUGCUGCCAACAUUAUCAAAACCAUGCGUUCAGAUGCGAGUCCGAUGUACCACGUUGACCAGGGCUGCGCUCCAUUCGCUCAGCCUUACUACAACAACAAUCACGUACCCUAUCCCAUUACGACUACAUGUCCACAGCAGUACUCGAGGAUAUGAACACCGCGUCAUGGAGUCGAACUUUAUUUCUGUUAUGUAUUGCGCAGCAUGCAAUGCAUGAUACGACGCAUAAAGCACGCCUACAAAGCCACAGCAGCCUCCCACGAGCAGUCUCAAGGCGAUUGAGCGGCGGUAGGACAUAUGAGAAGGCGCAUGCGGUAUUUGAUGCGGGCUAGGUGGUGCUUGUUCCUAUCUUUGAGCUUAAACAAAGACCUUGUGUAACAACAUUCGCGCCAAAGCGUUGAAGAAGGGUGGCCGUUGUUCUGCCCUCAGCCACGCCCGAAGUACAGAAUCCUGACUUACGCAGAGAGCGAUGACCCAAAGAACGUCAUAGUUGGAACUUAGUAGAUAUCGCACCACCAUGUGCACAACAUAGAAGUCAC